CCAGGUGGGGACUCGAACCUCGCACCUUGGUGGUGCGAAGCGAAGGCUUUACCCCUGUGCCACGGCGUGGCGCCCUGUUUCCAGAGCGCCCCGGCAAGCCCCUGGUGGCGCUGGUCGCGAUGACGCCGGCGCCGCGCCGCUCCUGCCCCGAGCCCACGAUGCCCGAGUUCGGGCUGCUGAUGUGCCGCGCGCGCGACGACGCCGAGGACGCCAACGACGCCCACCGCAUGCCCGAGGGCAGCGAGUGCACCGUGUCCUGCAGCCCGCCGCACCGCCUGCAGCAGGACGACGGCGACGCCACGCAGUCCGUGGUCACGAAGUGCAGCGCCGGCCGCUGGAACGUCACCAGCUGGACGUGUGUGCGAGCUCCGGUCCCCGACGCCGACCUGGACGGGGACAUCUCCGCCGUGCUCUCCGACGCCGGGGCCGCGCACGCCGAGGACUGGGACUGGAAGGCCAACAGCCUGACGGACCCCUGCUCGCCCAACCCGUGCCACUCCGGCGGGAAGUGCCUGCGAGGGCCGACCAAUGCCCGCGCGCUGUGCCAGUGCCGGCCGGGCACCGAAGGAGAGCGCUGCGAGCGCGUGCUGUGCCGCGCCACCUGCCUGCACGGCGGCCGCUGCGUGCUGCUGCAGGGCAGGCCGUCGUGCUUCUGCCACCGCGGCUUCGCGGGGUCGCGCUGCCAGGCGCUCGUCAAGAACGUGCGCUUCCCGGCGCCCACGCCCGUGCCCGCGCUCACCACGCCCGUCACCACGCCCGUCACCACGCCGACGACGGCCUCCGCCAUCGCCGCGCCCUCCACGCCCUCCGCGCCGCCGCGGCCAAGUUCCGAAGCGCCCAACGGUUGAGCUCCAGCCGUCUUGGGUCAUCGUGGAGACUGCCAGUGCCACACGCCGCUCUGUGUUCACGUUCAGGCCGGUCCAAGCCAGUCCGCGCCGUUCGGAGAGACAACUCUCCCGCCAGCAGCUUGAGGCUUCGGUCCGUUCGCCUGUGAUUUGUUGUAUUGAUGGGGCAGGGGUCAAGACCAUGCCGGUCGCCUCAUGACACUGUCCAUCCAUUUAUGUACACAAUUUAAUUCGUUCGAAACGCCUUUACAUUCAAUGUAUUGACUGCUGAGCUUUGGUUUUUAGCAAUGUAACAAACCACUAAAGCUUGAAAUGUUUGAAAAAAAGUUAUUUAAAAUGACCUAAUUGCGUUCGUAUAGAAAAAAGUGUCAAUUUGUUUCACAGACAACGUUUAGCCGUACCAAAGAUAAGCCGGAAAAAUAUUUUGUUCAGGACCGAGUCAUAAUGAUUUAUGGUGCAAUUUGAGUAAUUUAAGUUUUAGUUCUUAGUUAUUAUUAAAUCUAUAUGUACAUAUGUCUUGUCGUCUUAUAUAUAUAGUGAGAAGAGAGCUUAAAUUAUUUGUACAGUACUAUGUAAAGGUCCCUCUUAUCUUAAGCCAGCUGUAACUGUACAAGCUUCCACUGUUGUUACCAUUAGAAUGUAUUCUUGUACUCCUCGUAUCGCGCCGUCCCCGGGGACUCCGUUUUUGUACUAAUCCAGCGUAUUUAUAAACUAAGCGGGUAGGCCGAAUCUUGUAGGAAAUAAAGCGUCGAGAGUAACAGCAACUA